AUGUGGCGCAGGUUGGGCUGUGUGCUGUCCUGCAGCCUUGUGGCACUGCGGCUCAGUGGCCUGCUCUUUCUGAAAGAGCGCACACCAACAGGGAGCUCCAAGGCCCACAAGCACUUAUGGGCGCUGCCAAGGCCCCAACACAGCCAGUGCCCACCCAAUUUAGCAAUUGCUAAUGCCUCCCUGUCCCUGCCCAGCCGCCAUCGCCUCUUCUUAACCUAUCGACACUGCCGAAACUUCUCCACGUUGCUGGAGCCUUCUGAGUGUGCUAGGGACACCUUCCUGCUCCUGGCCAUCAAGUCCCAGCCUCACCAUAUUGAGCAGCGUGCAGCUAUUAGAAGCACUUGGGGCCGGGCUGGGAGCUGGGCUAGGGGCCGGCAGCUGAAGCUGGUGUUUCUCCUAGGGGUAGCAGGACCUGUGCCCCCAGCCCAGCUGCUGGCCUAUGAGAGCCGGCAGUUCGAUGACAUCCUGCAGUGGGACUUUGCUGAGGAUUUCUUCAACCUGACGCUGAAGGAGCUGCAUGUGCAGCGCUGGAUGGCAGCUGCCUGCACGCAAGCCCACUUCAUACUAAAGGGAGACGAUGAUGUCUUUAUCCAUGUUCCCAAUGUGCUGGAGUUCCUGGAGGGCUGGGAUCCUGCCCAGGACCUCUUAGUGGGAGAUGUCAUCCGCCAGGCCCGGCCCAAUAGGAACACCAAAGUCAAAUACUUCAUCCCAUUCUCCAUGUACAGGGCCCGCAACUACCCACCUUAUGCAGGAGGCGGUGGCUAUGUUAUGUCCCAGGCUACUGUGAGGCUUCACUCAGCUAUGGAAGAGGCAGAACUCUUCCCCAUUGAUGAUGUCUUUGUGGGAAUGUGCCUGAAAAAGCUAGGGGUGAGCCCCAUACACCACGCUGGCUUCAAGACAUUUGGGACCCAAAAGCCCCUGAACCCCUGGGACCCUUGCCUGUACAGAGGGCUCCUGCUGGUGCACCGUCUAAGCCCCCUGGAGAUGUGGACCAUGUGGGCGCUGGUGACAGAUGAGAGGCUCAAGUGUGCAGCUACCCCCCUAACCCUAGCCCUGAAGGGCCGGUUGAGGUAA